CCAACGGCUAGUUAUCUCUUUCACUUGAAGGCUUCUGGGUCAGCAAAAUAUUGUAAAAGCGCUCAUUAAAAGGAAUCGGGGGUCGGGACAAGAUUCGCUUGUACGUGCUUUCGUCGAUUGAUUUCUGCAUUUACUGAGGAACAUGGAUCAAUUGACCGUAGAGGACGCAGAAGUUUGCGCUCCUCCCCAUCCUCCUCCUCCUCCACCACCGACUGCUCAAAGGCGGCCAAGAGUGAGGGAGGUGAGCUCUAGGUUCAUGUCUCCUGCGGCUUUCACCGGCGAUCUCCCUCAUCCCUUGCCUUCCAAAUCGCCACUUCCUAAACAUCAACACACCAUCUUAACUCCAUCCUCGACCCUGGCGGAAAUUCAGUCGAGGCAGCGGUCUUCGUCUGUGAAUAGGCGGCAGAGGCACUUGGACUUGGAGCCCUUGCGCUCCUCCGACGAGAACAGGCCCACCGGAUCCUCCUCCAUUCACACUCAGAGUCAGAUCUGGGGAACCCCUCUCCCACCGGACCAGAUGCUUAAUUUUAGGAAACAGCGUCCUGCCAAGCCUUUGAAAGAGAACGGAGGAGGAGGAGGAGGCAAAACCCAGCAGCAGCAGAAGCAGCAUCUGCCAAAAACCGCACCCUCAAGACCUGACACACCAGUGGCGAGUGCUAGUCUAGAUAGGAUGUCGAGAGUCAAACUCACUCAGCAGCGGUCUACCAACAUAACUGCCACAGCUGCUGCUAAGCUCUUGCAGGCCAGCGGGAUGUCUUUACCCGCUCCGCCUGCCACUCCAGUUACCGAGAGUGACACCACUUGCACGGAUGUCAAUAAUCAUAGUCAAACGCCAAGCUGUACCGUACGGUGUCUUCCUGACAUUCGUUCUUCCAUGCCUGAGGCCGAUUUGUUGCCAACCGUUUCUAGCAGGCAGCUCUCUGAGAAAAGUAGCAGUAGGGGUAAUGCUACUGUCGUUGCCAGUGGCGAUUUUUCAAAGUAUUCUGCUUCCCCUUGCUCCCGUUCUCUGAAUUUGUCAUUAUCAAGUUCCGACCGCUUAUUCUUCCUGACAGACAAAGGCAGUGAAAGAGGGAAGGUGGGUGGCCUAUGCCUUCCCCCAGUCCCACCAUGUGCUACUGCAAAGCUGGGCCCAGAUAUAAGGAAAGGAAAGAAAGUUUCCAGUCAUCUAGAAGAUGUACAUUCCUUGAGAGUGCUCCACAACCGCUAUCUGCAGUGGAGAUAUGCCAAUGCAAGAGCAGAGGCUUCCGUGCGAGCUCAGCAGAGAGAGACCCAGAGAACACUUUAUUCUCUCGCGGUAAAGAUUGCUGAACUGUAUGAUUCUGUGAAGAGGAAACGGAUAGAACUUGGCAUUUUGCAAAGAACAAAGACUUUAUCCACAAUUCUUGAAGCUCAAAUUCCAUAUUUGGACCAGUGGUUUUCUCUUGAAGGGGAUUAUUCAGUUUCUCUGGCAGAAGCAACUCAAGCAUUGUUGAAUGCCUCAGUUCAACUUCCAAGCAGUGGCAGUGUUAGGGCCAAUCUACGAGAGUUAGAAGAGGCACUGAGCUCAGCAAUAGAAGUGAUGGACAUAAUAGUUUUCCAUGUUCACCGAUCUUUGCCAAAGGCAGAAGAUACAGAACAUUUGAUUUCGGAACUAGCCAGAGUGAUUGGUGGAGAAAGAGCUCUCAUUGAAGAAUGCGGAAAUCUGCUGUCUAAGACCUAUACAACGCAGGUGGAAGAGUGGAGCUUAAGAAGCCAGAUAAUCCAAUCGAAAUGUUGCUGUUCUUGAAAAUUAUUUCUUCUCUGAAGAGGUAGCAAUGUCAUUUGCACAGGAAUUCUCGAAGAAAUGUUGAUGUCGUUUUGAUACGUCAUUUGUGUUAGCUAGCUAGCUAGUAUUUUUCUUUCUUCGUUUUUGGUCCUACUGUCGUGUUCUUUUGAAUGUGGGGGGUUGGGCUUGGGGUUCCAUGAUCUCCCUAUCGUGAGAAUGAUGCACUGAGCAAAACAAAAACUCAGAUAAGCUGCAAAGGUCGUGUGAGAUACAAUAUGUAAUUUAAAAGGUCAGUCAAUCGAUCUCAUUUUAAACAUUUCACAAUCCUUUGCAUAUAUAGAAUAAUUCUCACUCA